CUUUAUACCUUGGAGAAGUACGUUUCAGGACAUCAAAAUGAAAGCCCUCAUUGUGGCAGCUUCUAGACUACUGUUCCUGCUGUCUACUAUUUGUCAAAGUGGCAUGGGAAACAUUGCAGACAAGUCAGGAAAACCAAACUUAACUGUUAGGACCUUGUAUGGAACCCCCCCAAAUGCUUCUGAAGACUUCUCACUUUCUGCCAUAAAAGGCUGGACAGGAGCCACUAUAAAUGUGAGGUGCCCUGAAGGAAAUGUUUCACAUCUUCAUAUGAAUAAUGUCACCGUGGGGUACCUGAAAAGUUCCUUAAGGACCAAGCUGAUACCUGCUAUCUACAUCCUGGUAUUUGUGGUUGGUAUUCCAGCCAACAGUAUGACCCUGUGGAAACUCCUUUUCAGAAACAAACCCAUCUGUCUGACCAUCUUCCAUACCAACCUGGCCAUUGCAGAUAUUCUCUUCUGUGUCACACUGCCAUUUAAGAUCACUUAUCACCUCAACGGAAAUAACUGGAUAUUUGGAGAGGUCUUGUGCCGGGCUACCACUGUGCUCUUCUAUGGAAACCUGUACUGCUCCAUUCUGCUCCUUACCUGCAUGAGCAUCAGCCGCUACCUGGCCAUUGUUCAUCCUUUCACAUACCGGAGGCUGCCCAAGCGCAAAUACACUUGGCUAACAUGUGGCGUGGUGUGGGUGAUGGUUUUCUUAUACAUGCUGCCAUUUUGCAUCCUGAAACAGGAAUAUUACCUUCUGCAGCUGGACAUCACCACCUGCCAUGAUGGAUACAGCCUAUGCGAGUCUUCCUCCCUCUUCCAGUUGUGCUACUUCAUCUCCUUAGCUGUCUUUGGAUUCUUAAUUCCAUUCAUGGUUGUUACAUACUGCUACACAAACAUUAUCCGCAGACUUAACAUACACGAUCAAAGAUGGCUGAGGUAUUCCAAGGCGGUUGUUUUCAUCAUGGUGAUUUUUAUGGUUUGCUUUAUGCCGAGUAAUAUUAUAUUGAUUGCUUAUCAUGUUAACUACUACAGUCACAACACGGAUGGCUUAUACUUUUCUUAUCUCAUAGCUUUGUGCCUGGGUAGCCUGAAUAGUUGCUUAGACCCAUUCCUUUACUUUCUUAUGUUAAAAAUGUUAAAUUAACCGAGUAGCUGUCUA